AUGGAUGCGGCGCGUGGCGCUCGAGUGCGCCUAGCGCCGCCAGGCGGAUCGCAGCGCGGCGAAGGCGGCGGCGCGAAGCCAAGCCGCGAAAGCGCGCGCGAGCGGGAGUCGCGCGAGCGGGAGGCGCGGCGGCAGCAGCUGCAGCGGUCGCUGGACGAGGCGCAGAAGCCGCUCGCCGCCGCCCUCGCCGUCGCCUGGAAAGGCAUCGUGUGCGGCGCUGCUGCACCUGCUGGCGUUCAGCGCGCACCAGCGCUGGCGUCGGUGCGGCAGGCAGCGGUGCGCGUGUGUGCGCGCAUGGCCACUGUGGGGGGGCGGUGGUGGCGGGAGAGUGUCACGGGCGCCAUGCUGCUCGGCCUCUCCGCCUAUGUUGAUGCCCCGCACCCCGCCCCGCCGGCACAGCCCCUUGAAGCCCUCUCUCUGUUCCUUACUGCCCUGCCCCGUACGCCGCCCCGUGUGAAGCCCCCUGCUUCCCCACCGCCUGCUCACAUCCUUCAACUCAACAACUCAACAUGCCUGCGCCCUCUCCUGCCCUCCUUGUCUGCGCCGCCCUACCCUGGGUGCCCGUGUGUGUGCUGCGUGUGCCCUUUGCGCCUGCACCCCACCUGCUCUCUCUGUCUGCACCAGGCGACCACGUGGUGCUGGACGCCUGCACUGCCCUCGCUGCCUCCCUCCUCGCCUGCCUCCACACCCCUCUCCCGCCCACUCCGCCACGCCCCCAUUCCCGCCCUCCCCCUUCCCUCCUCGCACCCCCUCCCACUGUGCUCCCUUCUCCCCCUCGUCCACCUCGCCCCUCGUCCCGCCGCUCGCCACCCUCACCGCCCCUUGCUCGCCGCGCUGUGGCGCCUCCACCUGUCACGCUCCGCACCUGCUCUCCGCAGUCAUGGCACGCAGGCCAGCACGGGUAGCACGGGUUGCAUGGGCAGCAAAGGCAGCAAGGGCAGGGAUGGUGGAGGGGGUAGGGAGGGAGAGAGGGGAGGCGUGGUGGCGCGGGCUGCUGAGUGGCUGUGGGGGGCAACAGUGCGGGGGAUGCGGGUGUGGGAGGGGAAGCGGUGA